AGCUUUUGGCACAAGCUCCUUCCAAGACUCUUUCCAGCUCGUCAUGCCCCUGGCGCAUGGUGGCCUCCCGAGCAUUUUGCCAGCAGAUGUGAUGGCCGAACUGAAGGAGACGGCCACCAAGCUUUGCGCACCAGGCAAGGGUUUCUUGGCUGCCGAUGAGAGUGCGGGACCAUGGCUCCGCGCCGGACACGCCGAAGCGGCCAAGAUCCCCGAUGUGAUCGAGAACAGGGCAGCCUAUCGCUCCUUGUGUUUCUCCACUCCCGGGUUGAGCGAGCACAUCAGCGGAGUCAUUCUGCACUGGGAGACGCUCUUUCAGGAUGAUGGUUUAGGUAAAGCCAUGGUGGACAUCAUCCAGGGCAAUGGCAUGAUUGCUGGAAUCAAGGUGGACAAAGGCUACAACAAGAAAGGCAUGUGGGGAACUCUCGUUGGACCUUUGGGCCAUCCAGAGGUUGCCACGGUGGGGCUGGAUGACCUGCAAGACAGGUGCAAGAAAGCCUAUGAGAAAGGAGCACGCUUUGCCAAGUGGCGCAACGUGUUGCAGUUAGAUCCUGCCAAGGGUUUGCCAAGCGAUUUAGCCAUUGCCGACACUGUGCACACCUUGGCACGCUACGCGUCCAUUUGCCAAAGCGAGGGCUUGGUGCCAAUUGUUGAGCCCGAGAUUGUCCCGAACGGCAAUCAUGACAUCUUCUACUGCGCGCAGAUGACCGAGAAGGUCUUGGCAGCCCAGUUUAAGGCUUUGGCAGAUCACCACAUCUACCUGGAGGGUGCUGUGCUGAAACCCAACAUGGUGAAGAACGGCUUAGCCGGCCCCAAAGCCUAUCCAGAAACCAUAGCCACCUUGACUUGCCAGACGCUGCUGCGCACAGUGCCUCCCGCCGUGCCGGGCAUCUUUUUCUUGUCUGGCGAGACAGCGCUGAAUGAGGACAAUGAAGAGGAGGCAACCAUCAACCUAAGCACAAUGAACAAGCUCUUUUCAGGCAAAUUGCCAUGGCACUUGUCUUUCUCAUAUGGCAAAGCCUUGCAGAAGACUUGCGUCGUCACUUGGUUGGGCAAAGAUGAGAACAAAGAGGCAGCCCAGAAGGCAUUGCUGAACCGAGCCAAGGCAAACUCACAGGCUGUCUUUGGCAAGUACCAGAAGGGCAGCUGUGCCAGCGUCGGCACGGAUGGAAAUGUGAUGCAAGCAGCCGGCCCUUACUAAGGCAAGUCUGCGCAUGGAAUGGACCAAAGUGGUCCCGAAAAGGUCAAGUAAUAUCUGGGA